AUGGAGUACACGCCGUCCUGUAGUCUCUCCGGGUUUUCUUGUCCCUCUCCUCUGGUCACUUUUGUGUCGCCUCCGUCCAGACCGGGUUCUCUGGCCGCGUCAAGACCCAACUCCUAUUAUGCACCAUCCUACCGCGGCACUGCGUCGAGACCAGGCAGCCCGGGGCUGUCCAGCCCCUACACAUCUCGCCCUGGUACUUCGAGGGGACCUUCUCGUCGGGCUUCACUGUCGAGACCUAGCAUCAAGCGGGACGAAAAGGGGUUCCCGCUCCUGGGCCGCAUUGUAGGAGGAAAGUUUGUGGAUCUACAAAACGAGUCUAUAGAUCCCAACUGUGGUCCAAUCACAACAGUCGACAUCGAUAUGCCGCUGACCCUGACCGAGGCCGUCACUCACAACGACAAGGAAUACCUCGUGCUCAACUUCGCGACCGGGGACAAGGAGAACCCCUACGAGUGGAGCAAGUGGAAGAAGACGAUGGUGUCGACGAUGCUCAACCUCAUGACGCUCUUCAUCGGCCUCGCGACGACGGCGUACAGCUCCGGCAUCUCGAGCAUGGUGGAGGACCUGCACGCGACCUCGGAGCAGGGCCAGCUCGGCCUCUUCACCUUCAACAUCGCCUGCGCCAUCGCGCCCAUGGUCCUGGCCCCCUUCUGCGAGCUGGUCGGGCGCAAGGUCAUCUACGCAGGGGCCUUUUUUUGCUUCAGUAUCCUGUUCAUCGGCCUCGCGCUGGCCCGCGACAUCGGCACCGUGAUCGGCCUGCGGCUGCUCUUGGGCCUCUUUGGCUGCGUGGGCACGAUCCUGGUGGGCGGCACCUUUGACGACAUGUACGUGCCCCACGAGCGGUCCCGCCCCAUGGCCAUGUUCUCGUGGGUCGCCAUCUUCGGCACCGUCGCCGCGCCCAUCUACGCCGGCUUCAUCGACCAGUCCAUCGGCUGGCGGUGGAUCGAGGGCAUCCAGGGCCUGGCCAACGUGCCGCUCCUGGUCUGCAUCUUUGUGUUCUUCCCCGAGACGCGCGGCGGCGUCGCCCUGCACAGGCGGGCGGCGGCGCUGCGCAAGGCGACAGGGGACGAGCGCUUCGUGGCCGAGGGCGACAUCUACACGCCCGACAUCAAGAGCAUGCUCCGCGCCUCGUCCGUCAAGGCCAUCCACAUGCUCGCCACCGAGCCCGUCGUGCUGGCCUUUGGCCUGUGGAUCGCCUUUUGCUGGGGCGUGACUUUUCUGUUCCUGUCUGUCAUCUCCAUUACUUUUGCCGACAAGCGCGGCUGGUCGACGGGCAUGGCCGGCCUGCCUUAUAUCGCGCUGGCCCUGGGCACCACGCUGGCCUGGCUCGCCCACCACCUGCAGAUGCGCAAGUACGAUCGCCUUAUUGCCGAUCCCAAUGCCAAGGUCACGCCAGAGGCCCGUCUCUACGGCGCCAUGUUCGGGGCCAUCUGGCUGCCCAUCGGCCUGUUCAUCUACAGCUUCACGCAGUACGCUUUUCUCAUCUGGGUGGGGCCGUGUGUCGGCCUGGUCCUGAUCGCGUUUGGCAUCUACUUUGUGUUUGAGAGCACCUAUAGCUACACGGCCGACUGCUACGGUGAGAGCGCCAGCAGCGCCAUUGCCGGCCAGGGGUUGAUGAGGAACACUCUGGGUGCAGUGACGCCUCUGUUUGCGACGCAGUUCUUUGUGAAUGUUGGGUCCCAAUAUGCAGGUCUGAUCCUCGCGUUGUUCGGAACGGCGUUGAGUCUGAUCCCGUUUGUCUUUAUGAAGUGGGGACCAAAGUUGAGAGCGAGGAGCAAGCUUGCCAAGGUGUACGAUUAA